GUUGAGCUCGGUCAAGUCGGUGAGACAACAAUGACACACUGGCGUCGUUCGUGAAGGAUUGGAAACAUGACGUCGAGUUCGGCGUGAGCUGCAAAACGCUGCGUAACGGAGACCGCGCGCCGGCUACAACGAGGGGACUGGUGCGCCUUGGCGCUGGGGCGAGGGAGGGUCACCAAUUAAGAAAAAAAAACCCCAGGACGCACUCUGCAAGACUGAGCAUGUCUCCAUUGACUGUUUCCUCUCAUUUAUGAACACGUUGCACUUUGAAUAGUUGGAAGGCGUUGAGCUCGUUCCGCUCGCCUACCCUAACCGCGCCAAUGCUGGAAUGGCUGGUGGCUCUGUGCAUUGCGAUCCUGGUGGUCUUGAUGUGGCCAAGCCUCAACUAUUUCGCCGCCGAGAGCCCCCCGGACGCGCUGCUUCGAGGACCGGGGGUUCCACUGCAGGCGGCGGCGGCGGACCGCGCCGGGAGAGCCGGCGCCGCGCAGGGCGAGAGAGCCCGCGGCGUGGCGCUCAUCUGCAAACCGUCCGCGCUGGCCAACUAUCUCCUGAAGCACUGCCGGACUUUCAGUCACCACUCGCCGUGUGUCGGCUGGACGUGGCGGGCCUGCGCCCUCCUGCAGAGCGCGUACGAGGCGUGCUGGCCGCACGACACCCCGGUGCAGUUCGUGCGGGACAACCUGCAGCUGAGCGACGACGGGCUGGUGGCCUUGGACUGGGCAGUGCCAUCUUACCAGAAGCGACGCAGGACUUCAAGUCACUCCACCAGUCCGAUUCUCCUCAUCAUCCCCAACUCCUUUGGGAAAAUCACUAGAAAUGUGUUAAAGUUGUGUGAAGCGGCCCUGUCCCAUGGCUACCUGCCAGCGGUUUUCAACCGCCGCGGCCACAACAACGCCCCGCUCACCACCCUCAAACUGCAGCAGUUCGGCGACCCUGCGGAUCUGCGUGAGGCCGUGCGCUACAUUCGCUACAGACAGCCAGCAGGAAGACUGUACGCAGUGAGCGAGAGCAGCGGGUCGGGCCUUCUCCUGUCUUACCUGGGGGAGUGUGGAUCGUCGAGUUAUGUGACGGCAGCCGUCUGCCUGUCACCCGUGUUCCGCUGCCAGAACUGGUUCGAGAAUGGGCUGUGCUGGCCCCUGCAGUGGGCGUUGGUGCUCUACCAGAAGAUAUGUCUCAGCAGGUACAAAACGGUGCUGGGUGAGGCCGUACACACAGACACCCUGUUUUCUAGCUGUUCCUUGCGUGGCCUGGAGGAGGCGCUGUUUUGUCCAACUGGAGCGGUGGGCUCAGCAGCGGCGGCAGCAGCAGGGACCUGCAGUAGCGCCAAUACUGCAGGUGCCUGGGAUGCUUACUGGGAACGCAACGAGCCCUUGAGAGACGUAGACGAAGUGGCUAUCCCCGUUCUGAGUGUGUGCGCUCAGGACGACCCGGUCCGAGGCGACACCCAAUCCACCAUACCCUUGGAACUCUUUGAGACCAACCCACAUUUCUUUCUCCUCCUAACGGACCGUGGAGGUCACUGUGGUUUCUCCACCCAGUCUGGGGGGAGUGGCGCUGGUGCAUUCGGUGCAGUCGGAUGUACGGCCGCACCGAACAGUGGGACGGAGAGCCGUGGGACCAACUGGAGCCACAGAGCUCUGCUGGAAUUCUUCAGGGCGACCACAGACUUCUUCGCUGCAGAGGAGAGAGCGAAGCAGCUUGCUGCAAGGAGAAGGGGGCUGGGGGGAGGUGCAGGGGCCAGGUUUUUCCGCCACCGCAGUGUCAGUACAUGUAAAAGAGUGCCAGCGUGUUCCCAUAAUAUCCAUGCCAUUUACAAUUGGCAGAGGUCCUACACACGAUGAGGAAGCUUAAUGGAAGUUAAUGGACUGCACUGAUGCACUGGGAUGUGGAGCUCACAGGUUUUUCUCUGCCUGUGAGACACUCAGCCACAGAGUCUUACGAUAACAAACCGAGAUAAGUGCAGAGAUUGUAAAGCACUGAGGUGAUGGGGUUCUUUUGAGUGAGCCAUAAAACACACACAAAAAAAAGAUCAUGACAGUUGUUAUGUUAAGAUGCUGAGCAGUUGACACUAAACUCUCAAGAUGGAAGUCUUGUGCCUUGGGUAUAUGGAAAAAAAUCCAGUGAAAUUUUUUAAAUGAAGCGAAAAAGUCAAAUGAGAAUAUUGAACUCAUGAAAACAUUAAAGAAAGUUUGUGUUUAUUAUCACUGAAAGUUCUCAUCUUCAUUGGGAAAUGUCCUUCUGAGAAUAGAAGAACUAAUUUGUGACUCCAGCCCAGUCAGCUUUUAGAGGAAAGUCUGCGUCACGAGGUUAUGAUGUAUUAAUGAGCUGAGUAACUGGAAGCAUUCUGUGAGUUUUCUCAUAAUUUGAACUCUGCACUCCAACGUUUCCCUGGCCCACUGCUCAGAAUCUGAAAAUGGUAAAACUGUGGGGAUUUUUUAUUGAGUCCCUGGAAAUCUUGUUAUUUGGGGUAAAUUCUUUGGCAUAAUAAAUUAUACAAAUUAUGGUAAAGAAUGAUAAAUAUUCUGUUUUGUUGCUCAGAACAGAAACUCGUCAAAGGGAAACUCAGUAAGUUUGACAGCUGAUUUUUGUUCUGUUCUGUUGUUUAAUAAACUUGUUAUUGUAUUCAUUAAGUAAA